AUGGGAAUUCCACCUUACCCUUCAAAAACAGAAGCCUUAGCGGAUUUUUAUGAACCUUUAUCAGAGGAAAUGCUAAAAAGAGCGGGCUUAAAAUCAUACUACGUACCUGGACAUAGUGUCGGAAACACUAUAUUUUAUCAUGAAGAUGAAAAUAUAAUGUUAGCGGGAGAUAUGGUUUCUAAUUCUGAAGAUAUGCUACUACCACCAGCAUAUCGUUAUACACUAAACAUGGAGGAAGCAAUUGAUAGUGCUAAAAUUUUAGAUGUCUUAAAACCAGAAUACAUUUCAACAGGCCAUGGGAAAGUACCGUUUAUGAAAUAUAAAGAAGGAAUAAAAAGCAUCGGUCUUCUUGAAGUUGAAGCCAAGUUUGAUAAGGCUAUGCCUACGGGAGUCGCGGUAUCUAAAUCUGGUCGGAUUUUUAUAAAUUAUCCAAAGUGGGGAGAUGAUGUAACAUCUUCUGUAGUUGAGAUAUUGAAUGAUAACACUGAAGUUCCUUAUCCGAACAAGUCAAUGAACUUUUAUGACCCUAAUAGACCUCAAAGCACGUGGCUUAGUGUGCAAGCUAUGUAUAUUGAUUACCGAGAUUAUCUAUGGAUUUUAGAUACGGGGGCACCGUUUUUUAAUUCCCCAAAUAAUAAAGCUGCAAAACUAGUACUAAUAGAUAUAAAUAAGGAUAUUAUUUUAAAAACUUACCAAUUUUCAGAAGACGUCCUAUUAACUACAACUUAUUUAAAUGAUGUUCGUUUUGACUGGAAUCGUGGAGAAGAAGGAAUAGCUUAUAUAACAGAUUCAUCUGUAAACGGUCCUGGAGCAAUUAUUAUUCUAGAUCUAGCAAGCGGAGAAGCUCGUCGUGUAUUAGAUGGUACUCUUUCUACUUCUGUCGAUGAAGACAUUUUACCCAAAGUCGAAGGGGUUCCUCUUCAAAAUGUAGACAAAAAUGGUGAAGUCUCUAAGUUUCAUGUAGCAGUAGAUGGAAUUGAGCUCUCACCAGAUAGAAAAAUUUUAUAUUUUUGCUCUCUUGUUGGAAGAUUCCUUUUUUCUAUAGAAACAAACUUAUUGUUUUCAAAUUUUACAGAUGAAGAAUUAGAAAGCAAAGUGAAAAAAGUAGUUGAAAAGGGAUCUUCUGAUGGUUUGAUUAUGGCUAGUGACGGGACACUAUACGCAGGAGACUAUGAGAAUAAUUCAAUAAUAUCUAUCAGUGCCUCAGGAGAAGUAACGACAAUAUUACAAAAUGACUUAAUCCUUUGGCCGGACUCGAUGUCUAUUGGAAAUGAUGGUUAUCUUUAUAUCACUGUAAAUCAAGUUCAUAGACAAGCGGGGGACUGA